CUAGAUGAAACUUGUAAGGAUUUUAUCCGCUUUUUGCGUUAUUCCAGUGGUUUCAAUGCACUUUUAAAAUGCGUGGAUAACAAACAUGAUGACGGGAUCUCCCCCUUGAAAACAAAAUGUAGAACAUAUUCGUGAAAGCCUACCAAGUGUUGACAGCAAGGAGGUGUUUACGAUGGCUGUGCUGUAACAUCAGUGUGACUCAGGUUUGGUGCAUUGUCUGGCGAUGCGAUGAUAUGCUGCUCGGAUGGGGUUAGAAAUGGAAAAUCUUUGUGGGACGUCAAAACCUCGACACCUUGACUAAUGACGAUCGCAGGAAAUCACUGAUUAUUUUCAUCUGCCCUGGCUUGUGCAUGACGACGUUCCUGUAAAAUAAGAAUUGUGGGUAUGGAGGAGAGUACUGAGGAGCUGAGGGAGGAGUGGACCUUGCUCCUCUGGACCACGGUUGCUGUUCUGGUCCCAGUGCUCAUUACGCUGUGGUGCAGCUUCCAGCGUCUUAAACGCAAAGUUCAGCUGAAAGAUCUGUUCCGAAAGAGCAAACACGGCUGGCACUACACAGAUCUGUUCAACAAGCCCACCUACUGCUGCGUGUGUUCUCAGCCCAUCCUGCAGGGGGCGUUCUGUGACUGCUGCGGCAUAUGUGUGGAUGAGCAGUGCAUACAGAGGGCAGAUCGCAUCCUCUCGUGUAAGGAGAUCAUGACACAGAGACAGACAGAUGGGAGGUUUUACCAUCAGUGGGUCAGGGGAAAUGUGCCCCUCGCCAGCUACUGUGCCGAGUGCAAACAGCAAUGCGGGACUCAACCUAAACUUUGCGACUAUAGGUGUGUGUGGUGUCAGACCACAGUGCAUGAUGACUGCCUUUCUAGUCUGAAUGAUGAUCUGUGUGAUCUUGGAGAGUUCCGCUCUCUUGCUGCAGGGUGUGGGAGUGGCUGGACUCCGGUUCUGGUCUUGGCAAACACAAGAAGUGGCAACAACAUGGGGGAAGUUUUGCUGGGAGAAUUUCGUACCCUCCUGAACCCCAUGCAGGUGUUUGAUCUCUCCGAGCUGCCCCCCUCUAAAGCCCUGCAGCUGUGUACUCUUCUGCCCCCAGGCAGCGUGCAUGUUCUGGUGUGUGGGGGAGAUGGCACAGUAGGCUGGGUUCUGGAUGCCAUUGAUACCAUGAAGCUGAAGGGUCAGGAUCAGUUUAUCCCUCUUGUGACGAUCCUGCCGUUGGGAACAGGAAAUGAUUUAGCAAACUCUUUAGGAUGGGGAGCAGGAUAUGCUGGAGAGAUUCCAGUAGAACAGGUGCUCAGGAAUGUUCUAGAGGCUGAGGUAGUCAAAAUGGACAGGUGGAAAGUUCAAGUUGUCUCCAAAGGAAACUAUUUUCGUAAGCCAAAGGUGUUGUCCAUGAAUAAUUAUUUCUCAGUGGGUCCUGAUGCUCUCAUGGCAUUGAACUUCCAUGCACACAGAGAGAAAACGCCCUCCUUUUUCUCCAGCCGAAUCAUCAAUAAGGCAGUGUACUUCCUCUAUGGUACCAAAGAUUGUUUAGUGCAAGAAUGUAAAGAUCUGGAUAAGAGGAUUGAGCUGGAGCUGGAUGGAGAGCAAGUGAAUUUGCCCAGUCUGGAGGGGAUAAUAGUGUGCAAUAUCGGCUACUGGGGCGGUGGCUGUAGACUGUGGGAGGGAAUGGGAGAUGAACCCUAUCCUCCAACACGUGUGGAUGAUGGUUUAUUAGAGGUGGUGGGGGUGUAUGGUUCAUUCCACUGUGCACAGAUCCAGGUGAAACUGGCCAAUCCUGUGAGGCUGGGACAGGCACAUACAAUACGGCUGGUGUUGUUGAAGAGUUCUAGGAUGCCAAUGCAGGUGGAUGGAGAGCCAUGGGCGCAGGGUCCAUGCACCAUCACCAUUACCCAUAAGACUCAGGCCCUCAUGCUGUACCACAGUGCAGAACAGACAGAUGAUGAUGACUCCAGCGCCUCAGAGGGUGAAGAACGCUCAGCCGAUCACAUUGACACAACUAGCAACACACAGGAAACAGUGACAGAGUCUUAGUAAGGCUGUAAUCACUCUGUCUGUGCUAUUUCCACCCCAGAAAGUAGCACAGCAUGAAAGGAAGACACCCUGAUGUGAUAAAUGUCUGAUGUCAUAAACGUAAAUGUACAUAAUGUGAAUGUGCUGCUCUAGUAAUAACAUCUGCAGUGGUUAUUUCUGAGUUAAAAAGCCCCUUCUCUCUCAAGCACAUCUUGUGGACAGUUUGUUCUCAAAUUGUCCACAAGAUGUCUAUCUCUGACAUUGGUUUUGUAGAUUUGCGUGCAUAAUUUUAUUUAUUUUUCCUGCCAGGGAGUGCUACCCGGAAGCUCUAAGAAGUGGCUCAGGUUUUAGCCAUUUAGUCCACAAUGGAAUCAUAUUCAGUUGUUAGCAGAGCUCAGGCAAUCAUAAAAAAGAGAAUUCAGUCCAGUGGAGAAUGUUACAAACAAAGCUGCUUAAACACCAAUGUUUUGCACUGAUCUUGAGUGCCAUAGGUCUGUGAAAAUACAACUCGUUGCAGAAAUCUUGUAUUUGAGUUGUAUAAAUUAAGCUGUGAAAUAAUUUUAUUUAGGACAUUAUGUUUUGUUUCACCUUUGCACUGCUUGAAUCUAGAGUAGAUUGUGAAUGGACUUGCCAUUGAUAUCUUAUUGUUUUGCAGCUAUUCAACUUGUGUUAUUGUUUUCGUUUAUGAAAUAGCAGUAAAAUGUUUCAGAGCACUGGAUUAAGAUACAUUCUUUAUUUUGCUGUUUGCAUACUCUGAUCAUCAGGCAUUUUUAUUGUGUUUUAUUCAUUGUUCAUUUUCUCCACUUUUCCAUAGAGAUUUGUUAUGUUUUUAUGCAUCCUGCUUGAGUAAAAUUUACUUUGCCUAGAAUAUAUCCACCCUAAUAGGCUUUCUGAGUAUUUUCUUUAGUCCCACUCUUCCAAGUCUGUCUGCUUUCGGUGCAAUUGUAGCAUAAGAAUGGUAAUGUUCUUGAAAAACUAAGCCAGGAUAGAAAAGAAAAACAGCGUUAGGAGUGGUAUGUGUCAUACAUUUCAUAUAUUCACAUCUAUGGCUUUCCUAUUGGUAAAGCACUCAAGCACAUGACAUUCUCUCCCUGAACUAGUGUCACCUCUCUUUGCAGGAGUUGCAUAUAUUAUCCAUUAAAACCUUGUUUGAUAAAUCUGAGGUUUUGCUGAUGUAAUGCCUCUGAGUAGUUUAUAAUGUGGUUUAGUUCAUUUCAUAGUUAAUUUCAUGUUCAGAGUGAUGUAUACUUAAACAAUCUUACAGAUUGUUAAGAGAACUGUAAUUUAAAUGACAGCCAUUUUUCAUGCAUAAUUGUGAAGGAGAUUUAGGUACAUUUUUUGGAAGCUAAAAGGUUAACAAGAGUGUUACCAAAAUAUUCAAGAUACAGUAUUGUCGUAGAAUUUUUUCUUCUUAAAUCAAGAACACGCAACACAGCUAGACUUUUAAAGUCUUUUAAAUUUUUAUUCUUGCAAGAAGGUCAGGCAAUACAGCAGUGAGCACCGCCAUAUGUGUGACAAAAAUAAGUGAGCAUGCAUCUCUACUUUUAUACACUUUGGCCCAUUGUUUUCCCAAUGGUCGUCUCCUUAAUACCAUAUAUAGCUAAGAAAGCGUGAUAAAUACUUGAUAUGUCUCAUUCCUCAUGUAGCGUCUUCCCGAAAUUCAAGAUGGUAUCGUUUUUCCUAAGCAAGUGAGAACAAGCAGGUCAUUGUGACAUCUCCUCAUAUUCAGACCACACAGGCCUCACACGUCAACUCUCAUAUAGCAUUUCAUAAUAUCAAAGCAAUAUUUCAGUUAAUAUAUGAAGUAAAUAUGGAUAUAAUUGAUUAAUUGAAAUUUUCCCUUACAGUAUAUAUCCUUUUUUCUCAGCAGUCUGAAUAUUUCCGUUAAAUUAUCUUCAUCAGUUGUAUAACAAAAUGCAGACUGCUGUAUUAGUCUUACUCAGCUUAGAAAUAUCUGACAACUUGAGAAUGCUUCUACACCUUGAGAAAGGAUAAAAUCAAAAUGGUGUUGUUUGUUUUUUGAUUAGUGUCAUGAAAAAUGACUUUUCCCUGUUAUGUUUAUGUGUAUAAAUACUGAAGCAGUGGUUGUGAUGAAAACAUUUUCUUUACAACCGUAAUUCCCCCACCCCCCUCCCCCCUGAAGACACCUGUCAUAUUCCUAAAACUAGACUUCACACAUGCUCUAAAUGUGUCAAAGGGGAUUUAAACAAGAAUAUUAUUCUCCUUGGGACUACUAGUUUAUCAUUUUAAUAUUUUGGGAGUGUUACGUUAAAUGGGAAUCUCUGUAUUGAAUAUUGAAAUAUUUUGCACUGACUUCUGUAUGCUAGAAACAACGUGGUUAACACCCAUGGCUUAUGUCUUGUUUUUCAAACGCAAAUGAAGCCUAGUUUUUAUCUGACAGUAGCUGCUCCUGGCAUUGUUUAAUGUUUAACUAGGCUUGUUUGAAUGUUCCCAGGUAACAUACCAACAUAUAUUACAAGUUGGAGAUGAUAUAAACAAUAGAACAUAAAGAAAUCUUUGGUCAAAGAUUUGGUGUUUUUUUUAUUAUUUUUGAAUUUUUUAUUGUUCAGCACCGAAAACAAUGUGAGCUGCACAAAUUAACAAUCAACAUUACAGGAGCAGGAUUAAGUCAUCCCAGAACAAUUUCACAAAUGUGAUCAAUACAACAGAAGAUGAGAGAGAAAGAAUAAUAAAUUAGAUAUUAUUUAUUCUUAUAUGAGACAUGGCCAUUUCAUGCCUUUAUUGGUAUUAUUCUGAUAUUUUACUUUAUGUAUAUUUCCCCCCACUCUGAAUAAAAAUGUAAUAUAUUUUCAUGUAGAUUUUUAAAAUAAUAUUCAGUUACUCUAUAUGAUGUAUCAACCAAAAUUGUAAUAUUGCAUAAAGCAAACAAUAAAUGCCUUACUACUAAACUUUCUGAGCUAUAUUUUUAGAUUGGUACAAUAUUUCCUUACUGCAAAGUGAAACCUGUAUUAUUUUGUUUUAGAUUUGUUUCUGAUAACACAACAUACAUCUUUCAUAUAUAUAUAUAUAUUUGUUAUAACGGUUUGAUUUACAUAUAUACAUGGCUACUGGUGUUAAACUUGUUGGUUUGACAGAAUUACACAUGCUUAUAAACUGACUGGACCCAGCCAGGAUACUUUGAUCAGGAACCAAAACAACUCUAUCUGGAGCACACUGCCAAUGGACUUUACCCAUCUGAUAAAACCAACAAAUGUCAAUUGUGAUAAUGUGAGGAUAUUAAACACUUCAAACUCACAACUAAAAUCUCCAAAAAUAACAGAAACAAAGAGAACAAAGUAAGAUUAAAUAAUGUGUCACAUUUGCAAAUCUCAUUAUGUACAAUUAAUUUUCCCCUUUCUGGAACAAUGACCAUUUAUUACACCGCUCUCUGUAAUACUUGAUUUUAGUCAAUCGUACCAAUCAAGUCAAAUAUUUCUGUAUAAUGACCACUAAACUUUUUAACUGACUGUUGUCUUGCUCUUUUUUUCAAAUAAAAUAUUUUCAACAUAGCUGUGCUAGUGUCUCUUGUAUCACUCUGAAGUCUUGUUCUUCUCACUUAAAUCAUUUCAGCCUAAAUCAAUAUUUAAUUUUCUUUUAUGUGGUAAGUAGCCAUAUAAUAGAAUAAGUCAUUAUUGCAAAUGCAAUACAAACCUCCUCACUUUUGAGUUUUUUUUUAAUGACAGUUGGACUGCAUUAGCCUUUAGAUAUCAUCCAUCCAUCAAUCUAAUUAAUUAAUUACAUUUUUUAUUUUUUUUUGGUCAACAUUAAAAGAUAUUACUGGACAUUUAUAGAUUAAAAAGACUGCUUUAUGCAUUCUGUACAAUCACAACACACCUAAAUUAGAAUUAAAAAGAUUAUUUGCAUCAAACCUGACUAGUUUAAAC